AUGGCGUCGCUCAAGACCUGCUCGCUCGAAGAGCUUAAGAGAGAGCCAUGUAGAUUGCAGAAUCAGGCAGAAAGCACGACGCAGCAGCUGCGCAACCUCGUGUUACAACAUUACCACGUUUUCAUCCAGAGCAACCAGUGUGCUGGCGUCGUCAACGACGAUCUUGCAGAGCUCAACGAGCGAAUGGUCAAGAUUGAAACUGCCAUUCCAGAGCUACAGGAACGUUUUGGUGAGCUUGAAAAGGAUUUGGUGGACGUCGUGGCAAAGCACGACGAUACUCAAUACGUCCUUGAGCAUUAUCUGCAGUUAACAGAGUUGCUGGAGAUCCCACAGUUACUGGAAGCGUGUAUUCUAAACGAGUUGUUUGACUCGGCACUGGAUGUCGUGCAACUUGCACGUGAGAUGUUCGACGACGACGCGAGCGCGUCACAUAACGUGGUGACGAAAUGUCUCAUGCGAGAGGUGGUGGAGAUGACCAAAGCGUUGCGCAAAAGACUGCUACAAAAGUUGCGCGAAGACCUGCAACUAGCGCUAUGCGUUCGUAUUGUGGGCCAUAUCCGGCGUCUGGAUAGUCUUCUUCUUCUUCGAAGAGAAGGGACAGCUGCUGUCGAGUCGUUGGAGUAUGAAAAACAGCUGAAAGAAGAGUUCCUUGCUUGCCGGAAUGUGUGGCUAAAAUCGUUAAGCCGCGGCAUCUCGUCCUCGGACCCGUAUCAAUAUAUUAUCCAAGUUAUCGAUAUCAAGCGAACGAGCUGGUUUGACACGAUCACGCAGUACUCAGCGAUCUUCGGUAGCGAGAACGUAGACGGCAAAGUGGACCCGCCGCUCUGUCGCUGGGCAACGACGACGGUGGCAGAGUUCAUUCACACUCUCAUGAAGCAGUUGCCAAAGGUUGAAGACCUGAGCUCGGUCGCUACGAUUCUUGAACAGAGUCUGUUUUUCGGGGGGUCACUUGGUCGUGUUGGUGUGGACUUCCGCGCAGUGCUUGUUGUGUAUUUCGAAGACCACGUGCUGACGUUGAUGACAGAAUCGUGGCGGUCGGCAUGCCGCGAUUUUCGGGACAGUCUGAUCGCGCACUCGUUGUCAGCAUCAAUUGACUCUUCGAUGCCGACGUGCCCAGCGACACCCAUCGUGGUCGCAUCUUACCGUUCGUCUGCCAAUGGAAGUGCCAGCAAUUUCCCUGACGCUUCUCGUCUCGCGCCGACGUCUCUAGAUCGUGACGACUAUUCACCUCCACGGUGUCUCAUGUCUUUUCCUUUGCUGGCCGAAUUUACCAACGCGCUGCUGUCUUCGCUAAACGAAUUGAGGCUGUGCACGAUUUUGUCGCUGCAGAAUCGUUUGGGUAAAAAGUAUCAAAGUGUGAUCCGCACCAUAUUGUUUACAGUCGCUGAGUUUGCGAAGGAGAACAAGCUUGAUCUGCAUGCCCCAGGGACCGAGAGCUACGAUGAUGAAAGUGACACGGCUUCAAGACAUGCACGGAAAGCGGCGCUUACGGAAUCUGUAUGCGCGAUGGUUGAGGUCAUUCGUUCGGAGCUCGUGCCAUAUUUGAUCAGGUGCUUUCAUCGCCUGUUCCCCGUGUCAUCAGUCGCUGCACUUAGUGCGAUUCGGGUCUUGAGCAAGGAGAUCGAAGAUCUUGGUGUGAUCAUGCACGAAGCUGGUUUGCUCGUUUCUGUUCCGCACGACAGGCGGUCAGCAAAGACUACAGCGGACGAGAGCGCUGGGUGUAUGGAACCCGAGAGUCAAAGUGCCGAUGCCCCCGACAACAAUACGAUCAAUCAAGCUGCUGCUCAAGCCGAAGCAUAG